AUGGCCAACUCGACUCUCUCCCCGCCACAGUCGCAAGACUCGUCGAUUUCCUCAUCCUACAGACCUGUACCUGCGAACCGCGCUUAUACGGCGCCAGACAAGAUGUCGGCCAAUGGCCACUUUGCAUCCGUUGGCCAAAAUGGUGCCGAAAACUUUGACAACGGCGUCCAGGUUGUGGACGAGGAUAAGGAUUUCAAUCCCGACCUGGCAAAGUACCUGCAACACACCGGUGUGUCGCACGCAGGAUUUAACUACCAUCUGAUCUCCGUCUUUGGCUCGCAAUCGACCGGAAAGUCCACGCUACUUAAUGCGCUCUUCAACACCGACUUCAGCGUUAUGUCAGAGGCCGAACGACGGCAAACCACGAAAGGAAUUUGGCUGUCAAAGAAUAAAUCAUCUUCAGAUUCCAUGGCCGAUAACAUCCUGGUCAUGGACGUGGAAGGAACAGACGGCCGCGAAAGGGGCGAAGAUCAGGAUUUCGAACGCAAGAGCUCUCUCUUCGCUUUGGCCACCAGCGAAGUGUUGAUGAUCAAUAUCUGGGAACAUCAAGUCGGUCUUUACCAGGGCGCAAACAUGGGUCUGCUCAAAACCGUCUUUGAAGUCAAUUUGCAGCUAUUCCUCAAGGAUAGGAAAUCCAUGUCUCGGAGUUUGCUCUAUUUCGUCAUCCGCGAUUUCCUAGGAACUACGCCACUCCAAAAUUUGAGAAAUACUUUAAUGCAGGACCUCAGCAGGAUCUGGACCAGCCUUUCCAAACCACCAGGACUUGAGAAGAGCAGCAUCGACGACUACUUUGACUUUGCAUUCACUGCUCUCCCCCAUAAGCUCUACCAGCCUGAUCAAUUCAAGGCAGAAGUCGUCAAGAUGGGCACAAGAUUCAAGGAUGGCCACCGGGAUCGCCGACGAGAUGCUUUAUUGGGCGAAUUUGAGGGAGGAAUCUUCUUACCAGAAUAUCACAGGAGAAUACCGGCCGAUGGAUUUUCGCAUUACGCUGAAGGGAUUUGGGAUCAGAUCGUGAAUAACAAAGAUCUUGACUUGCCGACCCAGCAAGAACUUCUUGCGCAAUUUCGAUGCGACGAGAUUAUGCGGGAGGUCGUGCUCACCUUUGACGCUACCAUCUUGCCUUUCGAAACUCAGCAAGCAGAUGCUACCCGACGUGGUCAACCGAAGGUAAUUAACGCUCUGGGAGCCACGAUGAAAGCUGCGAGAUUAGACACUAUCAAGAAUUUCGAAACGGAGGCGAGCAGGUAUCACAAGGGCGUCUAUCAGAGAAAAAGAACCGAGCUCGAGGCCAAGAUCGACUCAAGAUUAAAGGCCCUUUACAGCGGCCAGCUAUCUGCCGCACACAAAGACGGAGUUCAGCAGUUCUCUGAUGCCGUUAGCGGCGCGGUCAAAGCUGGACAGAAGAAAGGUGCCUCGUAUGAUUUCGCCGAGAUCGUGAAGGAACAAAAAAAGGUGGCUCUGCAAAAAUUCGACACUGCCGCCAAAGAGGCCACUCUCGAAGGUUUGCCAUGGUCAAAUUAUAAACAAGAGCUUAUCCUCUACCAAAAAGACCUAGACAAGAUCUCUGGCCAGCUUCGUCGUGAUGAAAUGCGCCGAUUGGCAACCAGAGUGGAGAGAUGGGUGAGGAGCAAAUUAAACGACAGCAUAGGCUUGGAGUUUAAUGCACUUGGAUCAGGGCGUGGUGGCUCUGGUGCUCCAGAAACUGGAGAUAGGCCUGUGGAACGAGGCAUCUGGGAUCGAAUCUGGGUCCUCUUCACCGAAACUGUACAGGAAGCUGAGCGGAGGUUCGCUGACCGAGCAGCAUCCUUUGAUGCAAGCCCGGAAGAAGUCGAAGUCGGUGUCUGGCGGCUGAGGAGAAAAUCCUGGGGUGUUUUACGAUCGAAAAUUGACGAGGAAAUGAUGGAAGGGAACCUCCUUCUCAAGUUACGAGAAAAUUUCGAAGACAAGUUCCGGUACGACGAGGCUGGCGUUCCUAGGAUAUGGCGACCCACGGACGAUAUUGAAGGAAUCUACACCCGCGCUCGAGAGAGCACGUUGACUUUAAUCCCUCUUCUUGCUCGUUUCAGGAACUCCCAGUCGGCCAAUCCUCCACCACUUGACCGCUGGAUCGGACCGGUCCCCGAAGCGGCUACUCCCGCUGACGAGGAAGAUCUCAUACCAAUUGGUGGUGUGGACGAAGAAGAAGGCAAAAGCCUGGAAGAGGAAACCACAAUGCUUAAUGAAGCAAAGCGUCAAGAUCUUACAGUUCGAUUCAAGAAGGCCGCAGAUGGGGUCUAUGUCGAAGCCAAGCGAAGCGCGAUUGGGGGGAUCACACAGGUGCCUCUUUAUUUCUAUGGUCUGCUUUUGGCCUUGGGUUGGAAUGAAAUCGUGGCUGUCCUCCGAAAUCCUGUUUACUUCAUCUUUCUGAUCAUGCUCGCUGCGGGGGCAUAUGUCACUUACACCCUCAACUUGUGGGGACCUAUGCUCAAAAUGGCAAAUGCAGCCUCCGUUCAGGCGCUCGACGAAGGGAAAAAGCGGCUCCGCGAGUUUCUUGACGAGUCUCCAGCUGCACGGCAGGCACUAGCCGCUGCAGGUGGAGAAGAGUAUGAAUUGACGAGACAGCAGCCAUCUUCGAGGUCGCAAAAGCUUAAGACCGAUGGUGCUGAUGAUGAUGAGAUCGAGGAUAUCUAG